GUGCUAAGGGAGUAUAAGGUCCAUCCCAAUCCUCUUGAAUAGCUGCGCUGUUUUGUAUUAAACUUGAUUUUAGUGUCUUUAUUUAUCAGUAACUUCCUGGUUUUGCCACUGGCUCAGACGUUCGAAUCAACUGUUCAUGGCGUUCGCUGUGAAAAAGGCAGUAAAGGAUAAAUUUCGCAGAAACAAACGAAAAGGAGAAAAAGCUGGGGAGGAAGUCGCACAGAACUUAGAGGAACAGAAAGACAAAACAGCAAAAGGAGCACUCAAGCAAGAGAAUGGUUUUCUAUCCACAAAAAGACCUGACCAAGGAAGAAAGAGACAAACUUUACCUCCAGGAGCUAAGGAUAGACAGAAUAGGGGCAAAGGUGGUUCCCAGCCAUCAAUGUCAGAUCAAAAGUCAUCGAAUGUCCAGCAAGAUGGUAAUGUUGAGAAAGUUCAAGCCAGUUUAGAUUCAACUGAGCAGUCUGCUGCUGCCUCUUCUUCUGGCAGUGUAUAUGAUGGUGAUGGUCCUGUUGCUUGUGCUGCUGGUGCUACUGCUUCUGUUAGUGUAACUGGCAGUGGUGGUUGUGCUGCUGAUACUUCUUCUGGUAGUGUAACUGGUGGUGCUACUGCUGAUGAUGAUGCUGCUGGUGAUACUUCUGGUGGUGUAACUGGUGAUGCUGCUGUUGCUGCUUCUUCUGUUACCCUAACUGCUGGUGCUGCUGCUUCUUGUGGCACUGUACCUGGUCCUGGUGAUGCUGCUGGUGGUGCUGCUGGUGAUGCUGAUGCGGAUUCUUCUGGUAGUGUAGCUGGUGGGGGUGCAGCUGCUGUUAAUGUUCCUGGUGAUACUUCUUCUGGAAGUGUAACCGGUUGUGGUGCUGCUGCUGAUACUUCUUCUGUUACUGUAACUGCUGGUGCUGCUGCUUCUUGUGGCACUGUACCUGGUCCUGGUGAUGCUGCUGGUGAUGCUGAUGCGGCUUCUUCUGGUAGUGUAACUGGUGGGGGUGCAGCUGCUGUUAAUGUUCCUGGUGAUACUUCUUCUGGAAGUGUAACCGGUUGUGGUGCUGCUGCUGAUGUUACUGCUGCUUCUUUUGGUAGUCUACCUGGUGAUGCUGCUGGUAAUGUAACUGGUCUUACUGCUGGUGAUGGUGCUGGUAGUGAAAUUGAUGGUGAGGCUGGUGCUGCUGCUGCUGCUGCUGUUGCUGCUGUUGGUAAUACCAAUGUUGGUGGUGAUGAUGAGGCUCUUGGUCUUUUACCUGUUGAAGAACCUGAAAAUCCUCCUGAAGGAGUUGUAGCCCAAAGUGACAACAGCUUAGCAAGUGUAACAGCCACUCCAAUCCAAGAAGAGAGACUAGAAACCGAAACUGCAGAUCCCACUCAGAACAGAACACCUGAAGGAGCAGAGGACCUCAGAAAUGAAGAAAGAGCUGCACAGGGUGAUACAUAUGAACAGUCUUUUGUUUCAAAUACAAUACAAAAAAAUAAAUUCCUGGAAGACAAGUUAGCAUGCAAACUUGACCACACAGCGCAUCGUUGCAUACGUGGCUGGGAACAUCUGGCUUGCACAAAAGAAGUGAAUGCACCUCUUGAGACUCGCCUCAGGUGUAAACUAGUCAGUAGGGGCAGUUGUACUCGCACACUUAUCGACUUCUUGGCUGUUCAAGAAGGAGAUAAAUCUGUACAAGAUUUAAUUGCAGCAUUAAAGGAUAUAAAGAGAAAUGAUGUAGUCAAAAUGAUCACAGAUGUUUAUCCGGAUGCUGAACAUUCUACACAAACAAUAAGUGAAUUUGUAGCUUCCAGUGACAACAAUGACCUGAUUGAAAAGAUAACUACAAAACUGGAUGAGAGAUCACGAGUUAAUGCAUGCUGGAUCAACCUGGGCAGGAAAUUUCAAAUUUCUAGUGAAAAGUUGAAAGAAAUUGAAUUAUGUGGUGAAACUAAUCCAACAGAAGCAUUAAUGGAAUAUCUUUACACCAAACGAGAAGAUCUCACUGUGCAAAAGUUUUAUGAGAUAGUUAAGAAACUAAAGCGAGGAGAUGUUGCCAAAAAAUUGGAACCUUUUCUUGAUGAAGCGAACCCUGAAAAGCGUCUUUGGGAUGCAAUAGAUUUAGAGUCGGAUGAAAUGAGAAGCAUCUGUGUUGAUCUAAAUACACAAAACAGAGCACUGAAGAACUGGAAGCAUCUGGCCAAUGCACUGGAGGUUCCCAGAGAUACGUACUCAGAUUUUAACCCACAGCAGCCAAAGAGUCCUACUAAAGAGUUGUUAAAUUGGAUCUAUGCAGAGAAGAAUGAUUUAACAGUUGGUCAGCUUUGUGCUGCUCUGGCAAGCAUUGGGCGGAAUGAUGUUGUUAGAGACUUAAAGAACUACUUUAAACCGCCUCCCUCUGAGAACUAAAGUCUAUGAUCGGACCAAAAUAUUCUGUGAAACAGUUAGUAUCCCACAUUACCUACAACCGCAAAAGCACGGUAAAGGAAGGAGACAGAACUGAGUCACCUGCUGUGAUGUUGGAUACAAGAGAGCUCGAAAGCCAAGAGAAAAUAACGUGUCAACAUGAAAAACGAUCUUUCGAGGAGUAAUUUCAAAGAAACUGAGUCUCUGUUCCUCCUCUUGGCAAGGCUCAGGGUUAACGAGCUUCCAUGGGCCACCCCUAACGCCCCGGGUUUAGUCGCCCAAACAUGAUUCUGGGAACAUGUUAACGAAGUUGUCUGCAGAUCGUAAUAAAGGUAGAAUGUUACGAUAGGUGGUUUUUAUCCAGUGAAGGGGUGAGCAGUUUUAGCUCUAUAAAUACAAAACAAAAAUGCGCUUUAUUGAGAGUGAUGAUAGGCUGAAAAUUAAAUGUGUAAAACACAUGAGCCACAGAUUACGUAAGUUUAUUUCACAUUUAAAUGUAAAUUAGCUAGAGUUUGAGUUUUAUUUUUUUCGAUUUUCUUUUUAUCCAAUGGGGGACUUACAUGUAUGAUCUUGGGAGUAACCGUGACCCAGUAGCUUCUUGAGAUCGCUUUUCGUAUUAAAAGAACUACAACCAGCAUUUUGUAAGCUUACAAAGUUAAGUUGCUUUAAACAGAAAAGAACAACAACUAACAUUUUGUAUGCUAAGAAAGUUAAGUUGCUUCAAGCAGCAUAAUAAAGUAAUAACCAACCUAGA